GUGAAUUCAUGUAGCGCCUUGACGCUUCGUUAGCCAUGAGAUUUUCUCUUUUUGUAGCUAAAAAUAUUGUAACUUAUAGUGCUUAUUUAUAUCGUUUCGGGACACCUCGCAUUUUGGUCCACGGAAGAUUUAUGAAGCAUCUUAAAAAUCUCGCUAUUCCUCAUGAAGACGGUUUAACUAGAGAUCCCAGAAUUGAAAAAUUUAUUAAUAUAAUCAUGAGGCAUGGUGAAAAGGGUAAGGCUCGAGAGGUUGUUACUAAAGCUCUAAAUUUAAUCCAGAAACAACAAGUAAAAGAAGGCGAUUCUUGUCCCUUUAAAGGUAUUCCACCGAGAGAAGUUUUAUUAAAAGCUCUUGAAAAUGCCCGUCCUUAUGUAAAAGUAUCAGUUGUAAAAUUAAACAGAAGACGCACUAAAGUGAUGCCUAAAAUAAUACCUGAGACAAAGAGGAUGCAAACGAGUAUGCAGUUUUUUUAUAAGUACACAUCUCAAGGUUCCGGUGCUUCUUAUCGAAAGCUUUACCAAGCCAUUGUGUCGGCUUUUCAGUAUGAAGGUCCUAUAAUGGAAAUGAGGGAGAAAAUGCAUAAAGAAGCUGAACGCUGUCGCACCACUGUCAAAUAAUAUAAUAAAAUUGAAAAAUUAUUGAGAAAUUACCGCAGAGACCCUUCAUGGUGAGAAAAAAG